AGCAAAGGGAAAAACGACAGCUCAAUCAUCAAUUAUUACUAUAGAUAUGAGUUUCACGCUCUGAAUAUAAUUCAAACUGGCUUGCUAAAGAGAUUUUUCUGCGUUCCUGUUUUUGCGUCUUCAUCUAUGAAACAUAGCAGUUUAAGAGCCGUGACCUGAACAUUAUGGCCUCAUCGGCAAUACCAGCAGCUGAUCUGCGAUCGUUUACUGAAUACUUGAAAGGGUGUAAACGCAUACUGGCACUCUUAGGGGCUGGCAUAUCUGCAUCUUCUGGUCUUCCCACAUUUCGAGGAGCCGGCGGCCUCUGGCGAUCUUAUGAUGCCACCGAUUUGGCGACGCCUGAGGCGUUCGAGGCCAACCCAGACCUAGUAUGGCAGUUCUACAGCUACCGAAGACACAUGGCACUUAAAGCGAAGCCUAACCGCGCGCACUACGCCCUCGCAGAGCUUGCAAGGAGAGAUAAGGAUUUUAUUACUCUCACACAGAACGUUGAUGGUCUUUCACAACGCACAAACCAUCCCUCGGAACAGCUCCACCUCCUCCACGGGUCUCUUUUUACGGUCAAAUGUACCUCAUUCUACUGCAACUAUGUGCGCGAAAAUGACUUUACCGAUCCGAUAGUCCCUGCACUUGCCAUACCGAAAGGUGUCCCGGACUUGAGCCCAUCUGCUGAAGAUAAGACUGGCGAGGAGGCCUCAAAGGCGCUAUCCAACGCAUUAAGAACGGAGGAGACGGAACUGGACAUAUCAGACGAGAACGUCCCGCUCCCUGCUUUGAGUCAGGAUGCCCUGCCACAUUGUCCAGAAUGUAAAGAAGGGCUUUUGCGGCCAGGGGUGGUCUGGUUUGGAGAGAGUUUACCCCUACACACGCUCGAAAUGGUGGACAAUUGGCUGAAUUCUGGUCCCGUGGAUUUGAUCUUGGUGAUUGGAACAAGUUCAAGAGUCUACCCAGCUGCAGGCUAUGUUGAUAAGGCGCGUGCGAGAGGGGCCCGAGUCGCUGUGGUCAAUAUGGACCGCAAUGAUGUUGGGUAUUCUGGCUUGAAAAAGGGUGAUUGGUUCUUCCAAGGAGACGCGGGUGUUAUAGUCCCGGAGAUAUUGAAGGGUGUCAUUGGAGAUAUUUAGGGACGCUGGGCUUCACGUUUGGUUUUCUUGAUGUUUAGCGAAGAGUGUACAGAGGCUAGGUUACAUAUUUUAACCGUCGACUUCGGAUUCCAAAAAAAAUUUCGCAGAGAGAUUCCAUGUUUAUAAUUAGGAAAGAGUGACGUCAAAGGAAAUGGUGGGCUAAAAGGAAAAGUCCAUAACCGUAGCUUUGAAGCCAUUAUCGGUCGAGAGAUA